AUGCCCACACAGCAGACACGUACACUGCUGAGUUAUGCGCCAAAAAUCCCAGCAUUUGACGGCAGAGCGGUGUCCGAGCAUGAGGCCAAGCUUUAUGGCGUCUGGAUGAAGUUGAAUGGGUCAUCAGCAGACAAUGUGCCAACUGUUGAUGUUCUCCUCGAUGCGUUGGAGAUAUUGGAAAGGUCACCUCCUUCUGUAGUGACCAGUUCUCAACCUUACGAUGAGUCUUCGGAGCUGAGAGAUGCUAUUCUCACCAAGCUUGUAUUUGGUGUAUAUACGCAUUUCUCUGAGACAUUGCUUAACGAAUCAAUUGAGGCUGAGGCUGAGGCUUAUUGGUGGACGAAUAUUGAGCGCAAUUCUUGGGGCUGCUGGUGCUAUUUUGUCCAAACUCUUCCGUUGCGCCUUGUUCGUCUCGGACGCAAAGUCGCAGCAAUUGCUAAUGAGCAAAAUAUCCAUACUUUCGGCGAUACAUUCAAUCGGCUUGCUGUUCCACACGUUGAAAUCUUUAAUGCUCUCUUUCCUUCUCUCAAAAAACGAUUCAUCUUUCCUCGCUCGCCCCUCGCACUCAUACGAGAGGAGUGUUCUGAACAUCACAGAAAGCUCCAGCGGAUAAGAGACAAGCGCGCUGAGCAGCUGGGCUGCCUAACGUUUCUUGGGGCCAAUGUCCGUUCCCGAUUCGAGACAAGAGCAACGCAGCCCUCAAAUAUACUGUGGAAAGAUCCCAAAUUUCUCCAUGAUCUCCAAUUGAUAAUGGCAGGAGAUACGUCGCAAGCGAUUGAAACUUCCGACCUAUCGGAUACCCUGACCGUUCUCCACCAAUUUCUUACCCAACUCCUGCCACGACAUGUGGAAGCGCAUCACACUUCUAUACGGUCAUACCAGCGCCCCCCAAGGUGGACACGGGCAUGGCCGAAGGUCUUUUUCGGACCUCCUCUCUUUCUCCUCAUAUUCCGCUCGAUAUACAACAAUCGGAGUUCAAUUCGUGUGAGUCUCAUUGAUGCAAAGGAGACGAUAAGAGGGUUUUGGGUUCAAUGGGUGGUAGAACCUGUAAGGGAAAUCCUGAACACCGUCCGAACAGGUGGCGAGAGUGGUCCAAGGGUGACAUCGAAGGAAGGGCUUAAAUCCGACAUGGAGUCGCUAGAACGCAUGGUGAUCUCACUGGCUACAGAAAAGCAAAAUUGGUCGAAUGAAGAGCUCAAGGACCUCUCCCAGAAGAUCCGGCAAGGGGACUUGACGCCUGUCCUGGAAAUGUAUGAAGACGACAUCAAGAAGCCCCUGCGCUCUGCCGUGGACAUUGACUUCGCUUUGGAGGGCAUCGAUAAGCUCUUGCGUUCGCAAGAACUCACGUUCGGUUUCGUGGGUGUAGCCCCAUCACUAACUGUGCUUUACGUCGUUGGUGGUUGGAUUCGGAGUCUAUUGGGAAACGGAUCUCGAUGGAGGCCCGGUGACAAGCGCAGACGAGAGGUGUCACUCCACCUCAUUCGCCGAAUAGAGCGUCUCUUAUUGAAUGCGGGCAUGCCCAUACCCCCAUCUGAAUCGCCCUCUUCCGAUGAACCAUCAAGCAAACAGCUCCCAGCACUCACACAGGGCUUGCUCAUCGUCUCCCUUACUCAUCUAAGAAGGUAUGCUGAAUCCUCGCUCCCUAGGCGCUCAAGACUCCGUGAGGGUUUCCUUGAAGACCUGUCGGACUUAGAAGAAUCUUCUUUCGACAAAGAGGAGAAAUUUCUAAUUGUGCAGCGAAUGUGGAGGUCGUGGGGUCAAGACCUUGGUUGGGGAUGCUCGGUGCACAGGUGA